AAAAGUCCAGUUUUGGUCCGGUCCUGGUCUUUUUUUCGGUCCGGCAACCGGACUUUAAAACUCUACUUAGGUGUACUAGGCUACCCUGUUCACCAUCCCAUUUUGCUUGCUUGCUUUCUGACUCAACGCCAAUAUUUGGUGCAUCCCCCAAUUGCACUUGAAGGUCAACAGCUGGCUAUGCAAGGCCUAGCAACGCUUGAAUUCGACGAACUCGCCGUGAUUUCCUCUACCUUUUAAAGGUGCACCCGAUUCUAGACACAGUUGUACAUGUUACUGUGACUGAGCAUCUGUGACCAACUAGGCGGGCCAGGGCUCAGGGCAGGCCGCAUCAUACUUAACUCUGAGACAUGCUCCUCACCGUGACCAGUCGAAAUGUCCUGCUUCCUGAUUGUGAUCAGCCACGACCUGCGACAAUCAAUGUUGACAUCAGGACUGGCAAAAUCAUCGAGGUUCUUUUGACUUACACUGGCGGUGCAGCGUGUAUCAAAAGUGGAGAUCCACACUUCGUUGAUGCCGGGGACAAAGUUGUUCUUCCUGGGCUGGUCGAUGCCCAUGUUCAUCUGGAGGAACCCGGAAACCAGGACUGGGAAGGCUUUUGGACAGGCACACAAGCCGCCGCCGCUGGAGGCGUCACCGUUCUAAUUGAUAUGCCUGUCGAUUCUAGUCCGCCCACCACCACACCAAGGAACCUUGAUAUCAAACGUUGUUCUGCUCGUGGACGGUGUUGGGUAGAUGUUGGAUUCUGGGGCGGUGCGAUUCCUGGGAAUCAAGCCGAAUUAAAACCCCUCUUAUCCGCUGGCGCCAGAGGCUUUAAGUGCUUUUUGAUCGACACAGGCAUUGAGGAAUUUCCUCGUGUUUCUGAGAGUGACCUUCACACCCACAUGUCUCGCCUCCAAAAUUCUGUCAUGAUCUUCCACGCUGAAAUGCAGAACGCUUCUACAUCAGCGCGACACCGACUUGAUCCAAGGUCAUACCAGGAAUUCCUCUGUUCGCGUCCCGAGGAGCUCGAGAUAGAUGCCAUCACUCUCAUUACUCGCCUCCAAGCAAUGUACCCCUCAGUUUCUUGUCACAUUGCCCAUCUAUCAGCUGCAUCCGCCUUGCCCACCAUCCGUGCUACCAAAGCACACGGAUCAAAGCUUUCCGUCGAAACAUGUUUUCAUUAUCUGUGUUUAUCAGCAGAGGACAUCCCGGAUGGCGCGACCGAGUACAAAUGCACCCCUCCGAUUCGCGAGGACUCUAACAGAAAUCUCCUCUGGGACGCUCUCAUAGAUGGUACCAUUGACUGUGUAGUCUCCGAUCAUAGCCCUUGUCUCGUUGAGAUGAAGGAACUUGAAAGCGGUGAUUUCAUGGCAGCCUGGGGUGGAGUCAGCUCUCUAGGCCUUGGAUUGAGUCUUCUAUGGACGGAAGGAAGGAAGAGAGGCGUCUCGAUUGGACAGAUGAUUCGUUGGAUGAGCAUUAAAAAUGCCGAACUAGCGGGGCUAUCCGACAAGGGCCAGCUGAAAGUGGGACAUGACGGCGAUUUAGUGAUCUGGGAUCCGCAAAUGGAGUUCAAGGUGAAUGCCAGCGCUACUGCUGCUCCCGUGGUAAUAACUGAUCGCAUGAUAGGUCUCGAAAGAGCAUUUGUUUUUCAAGAACAAGUUGACUCCCUAUGAAGGCAUGAUUUUGAGAGGCGUCGUGGACAAAACAUUUGUUCGUGGUAGAUUGGCUUACGACUCGGCACUUCAGGAUGGUU